AUGACGGAGUACCACGGCCCCUGCGCCACAAUGAUGAAUAUGACGGGUAAGCAACUAGCAUUUAAUUCUUACCAUACUGACGAGUGCAUUUUCUAUAAAUAUUUGUCGCCUGUUCAUGAAUACACGAGCAUUUAAUCAUAUAAUUUUUUUCAUUUACCAACGCGGAUAUAAAAUAGCUAUUCCAACGCCAUUUAAUCGAAGAACAGCUCUAAUACCGAAACAAAUGCCUGCCAAUAUUCACAUUAUCAUGGUUUUCUAAACUUCAGUUUAUGCGCUUGCAUUAUGAAUAUAGAGGUUUAAAGGAAUUUUAUGUUUUAUUCUAGAAUUUACUUUGCCAAUGCCUGGUACGUCUCAUGGGUCUGUCUGAGUCCGCCAAAAACAAUGGCUAUCCGCUGCACCUCUUAUUUUUCCUGUUAGCAGUCAACUGUGUCGAAUAUUUUGUCCAGAAUACUAGGGGAGUAAUUACAAUUUUUACUUCUAACCCUAUGCGACCUUUUGCUAUAUAAAUAUAAGACACAUCAACCCGUACUCGUUUUGUUAUCUGUAAGAAGGUUAUGGUUUAAUUACUCAAGCAAUUUUGCAACUGAAACUUCUUAUACAUUUUAGAAUCGGCAGUGUCUAUGUCUAAAGGUGCGACACAAACCUGAUAUACUUAAUUAUUCAUGAUCUUUCUUUUAAAGUUAGUACGUUUUAUCUACAUGGAACAUCAUCCCUUCUUCUUCCUGGAGUUGAACUAGGAGGUUAAGAAUGUUCGGUUACCUAAAUUCGCAUAAUAUUAACAUAAUGUUUUGAAAAGCGGCAGCGUGUAUUCAUUCCUUUGGUCACUAUGAAUAGACCACAAUUAACCAGCGUAAAUGCUGCAGUUGUAAACAGACCCUCGAAACAAAUUUGGUCGUAGUUUCUCUAGAAACAUACUCGGCUUAUGACGAGGGCUUCAGUUCCGUUAAAUAUUCUUACAACUACGACAAAUGGCAAACAAUAAUGAUAGUAUCUUCGCUGAAAUUUGCAUUCACAAGCAUUAUUAAGCAGUUUUUGAUUGUGUGAGGGCGACAUGUUCCCAUUUAUUCUGUUUACAGGAAGGGAUACAUUACGUUACUUAUUCCAUAGAAUUGAGAAUACUUAAUCCAUACAGACUGCCUUCUUACAGCGAGGACUUGUCAGUGUAGUUAUGCAAUGAGCCGAAGAUUUGGUAAAUUGGUGUCAAGAAGAUCUUUUGUCGAACCCGGGAUUGGGGCGCCACUGGGAGGUGAUCGCAGACAGUCUAGGCAAUUACCAUGCAAAUGCCUGCAAAUUUGUUUGUUUAGCUUUCCACUUUUCUGUUGCGCAACUUAUCGCUGUAUCAGAAAAUGGCAUCACGCGCAAAUUAAAUAAAAAAUGCAGUUGUCUAUACGAUAAGAAGUACAUAAAUUCUAUUUCAGAUCGAUUCAUUUACCAUGACUUUGACAAAAUCAGAACUUGGCGGUAUGCACUUCUCUACUGGAUCAUAGAUACAAGCAAAUACAAGAUCUCAAGUGUAAGUAUCGGUGAAAAAUCUCCCAGAGGAACUUAAGCCAACGCUACUAGACACCCACAAAACCUUCCCCACAAAUUAUCUUUCCAUGUGUAUACGCGUUUUGAACGAACUAAGACGACUAACUACGUCCAACUGUCAUAAAAAUACUGUAGAUUUGUAUGAAGGCAAGCGGACGGUCUUUAAAACAAAAUGGCAGAUCUGGGAAGCAACCCAGUGCUUUGCGCAAAUGCGAUGAUCACUUACAGGAAGAAGAUGUGAAAAGAGAAUGCGGCUGUUUAGAAAGUACUGACAGUAAUUUGAAGGUUCUGUUGGUUGGAUAGGACUUUAAAUUGUAUAAAACAUUAUAAAAAUUGCUUUAGAAAAUUUAUAUAUUAAGGUUAUCUUAGCCAGCUUUUUGUGACUUCAUAUAGUUCUACUGCGAAGAUGACCUGGGCAUGCUUUGCUCUUUGAAUGACGACGGAAAUAAAUGUCGUAAGUCAGCGUCGAGGAUACAUUACUUUAUUUUAUUAUUGCGCUGAAAUAUCGAACAGAUUCUUUCCGGUACAAUUGAACUGGAGCAGUGCAAACGGCGUAAAAUGCAGAAACAAUUUUGAAACAUGCAUCAUGUCACUGCCGUAGAGUCAAAGCAUAGUGUCUUGUUGCCUAUAGUUUAGCACGUGCUUUUAUUUAUUUAUCAACACGCAAAUAGAGAGCGUUAUGCCUGUGCGCAGUUCAUAUCAUUUAACAAGGGUUUGUGUUUAUUUAAGUGUCCCGAGGCAGUGGAACCUGUGUAGACGCUAAAACGCAAAUUCUGCAGCUAGAAUGUCCUUUGCGGACGUUUCUGGCAUUUAAUUUAAGUUAAAGACCAAUACAUGUGGCACUUACGAAAGCCAAAAACGUCUGCACCCAAUGACCCUUGGCAGCCCUGAAGGUAUAUUUAAGCGGUUGGCAAAAUAUUCGGCCUUUGAAGGAGGCACUUUUGGAAUACAAGUCGUUUUACAUGCGGUUUGAAGUACGAUUAAUUAGGUAACCCCCUAUCAUAUAUUGCGGCUGUAUUUUAACAAGAACAAAAAGCAAUACUGAAUAGAACCUGUAUGGCGUUGUCCUUUUUAUUCUUUCCUUAAAAACUCAGGCUUUUCUUUUUAAAAGUGUGUGGCUUUUUACAUUUUCGCACCAAAGUUUCAGAAGAAAGCAACAUGCAUAAAAAAGUUUUUGAACAAUGUCAAAACACGGACUACACAUCCCGAGUUUGAGGACUAUGGCCAAAGGACUCUGCGAUCGUUUGCACUAUGUAAAUCGUGAGCGACAAUCGGUCCUUACAGUAAUUCGGGCAAUAAAGAUAUACUAAAGUACUUAAACCAUCGAGUAAUGUUCCAGCAGAAAGCGUGCAUUCAGGUUUCUAGGGUUACCCGAUAUCAUACAUUGCGCGUGUAUUUUAAUAAGAACAACAUAACGGGAAAAUAAUGAAUAUAACCCCUAGGGCGCUUUGACGUUCAUUUAAUCAUUUGAAAAUGCAAAAUACUACAUAAAAAUGUAUUUAGCCUUUUAAAGUAUCGUACCAAUAUGUUAAAUAAUGCCCUUUUGAAAUAAAGCAUGCGUAGAAGUUAAAGCGAAAACACGGCCAAGGGAGUCCGCAUUCAUUUACACUCAGUCAACUGUGAAUGAAAAUUGGUCAUUACAUUUAUUCAGGCAAAAAGGUUCGACGAAAAUACAAAAACUCAGUAAAACAUAGAUUAAUUCUUCAACAGAGAGUGUGCAUUUAGGUUUUCAGAUAAACAUUAGGAUGACUGUCAUUCCAUAUUCUCACACGUGUCUUCGGAAUAUACUACUCUCUUAAAGAUCUCCAAAUGUUUGGCGAAUUCGCUGUCUACACACAUAAAGUGAAGCAUAGGCGAGCAAAAUUGGAAUCAGUGCAGUGUCUUCUCAAUGACAAAUAUGAAAGCAGAAAAUCAGUCACUUGGGAUCGUAAGUUUUUACGUUUCCUCAUACGGUUUAAAAUUUUAUUUCGGCAAAGUACUAUGAUCAGACUGAUUAUCAUAACGUGUUGUAUAUUAGCAAAUUUCAGUAGCCGAGGAAUCAAAGUAAUCCAUGCAUCCAUGUUCAGGGGUCAGAUAGCAAAUAUCAAGAAAAAGCUCAUCUUUAAUAAAUAAAAACGCGGGGGGAUCAGUAUUACUCUUUGACGUUUUCGUCUCAGUCCACAGCGCAGCAGAGUAACAUGUGCCAUCUAAUGUGCUUUCACUGCAUUUUGAAGGCUGGAGAGUAGUUAUUGGAGGAGAACGUUGCGAAAGAUAUAGACGGGUUUCAUGGGCAUAUCAAAAACGCUUGAGAGUGAGUUAGUAUUUUUGGAGGGAUUCUAGAAUUAUGAACAACAUAACGUAUUUCAUUUGACGAUACUGUGAUAGUUUUGACAACAAAUGACGUGAUAUGAUUUUUUGUUUGCUUUCGUCUAACCAUGGUUAGCAUUUGAGAGACGCUUACUGAAUUCCAUGUGAAUUUAACAUCAUUUUGUAUAAAUGUUCAAAGUCUUCGCAAGCCGAUACUUAGUGCAAAUAGGCGACAAACAUGGGGCAUUUUCAUUUAAUUAAAGAAUUUCCCGAUAACUAGGACGUAUUUUUGCUUCUAGUGAGCAUCGCACCGAUUACCCGGUUUUUUCGCAUUUUGAAAUGUGUUUUGACCGAUUUAGAAUCAUUCAAUUUGACCCAACGGUAAAUAAACUUGCCUCUGCUUCGUAGCUCAGGUGGCUAGAGCGUUGACUGUACUAAAGCCUCCCCCUUGCUCCCGAGAGUUCGAAUACAACCGAAGCACCGAGGUUUUCACAUUCAGGUCAAUAUGACUUAAUUAAAAUCUUACAAGAAAUCUGUGAAUUACGUGAGCCUGUUAGUUAUCUGCUGGAUUCUAUGUAGAUUGCCUAGGAAAUCCUGCUCGGGCAGUUAGCUUACUGCAUUAGUUUUGGUGGAUUCCUGACGCUGCAGUAGGUUAAGUGAGUAACUUGACCCAAAUUCAAUUAAACUCAUGUCUCUUGCUGGGGCCUCGUAACUCAGGUGGCUAGAGCAUUGGCUGUACUAAAGCCUUCCACUUGCUGUAGCGAGUUUGAAUCCAACCGAGGCGCCGAGUUUUCCGUAGUUGGGUGAGAGUGGAUGUCUGUUUCCACAUGACAAAAAAUAACUUCAAGUGUAUUUAGACAUAUGCGACACUUGUUUGCGUUUGCUUUGUCUUUUACGGUCUGCAAUGCUGCGCUCAUCUUUUCAUAGGCAUUCAAAACAAUGCGUAAAUUUAAUCUAAGUAGUUUUGACCAGGCAACUUUCACUUUUUAUUUUACUAGUAAAGUCAUCGUCGCAACUAACAUUCAAGCUUUGUAUAAAACAUGCUUAGCAUUUGCCAGCGGCAUGCAGAUAAUACGAUAACGUCAAUUCCACGAAUGAUAACGCAAACGUUUUUUUCACUCUUUUUUAGUUAACUAUUUCCCAGACAAAGAAAGGACUCGCCAACAACCGUGACAGCCGUUUAUCAGGGCGCCAAACACACAACUGAGCGUGUGCACAUUUUGUCGCUCUUUUAAAGAAAAUUCCCGAUUUAUAUGUAUGAAAUAACACUGGAAAUAUAAAAUGCUCUCUUUUCGAUCUACAAUAGAUUUUGGAUUUUUAUCUAUGAAAAAGUUGUUAAAAGAGUGCAUGAUUUCUUGGGCAGGCAAUGCUACGCAAAUGUGAAACUUCCUAGUUCGCACGGGACCAUCAAUAUGCGUUUUGUUGACAAAAAAGACUAAGGCUAGACAAUUACUUCUGUGUGGUUUACGUAUUGACGAGCAAAGUGUCAAUAAUCCAGAAAUCACCAUCUUAAUCUGCCUUAUCUGUGCCAGUUAGGCCAUUCUGUUUUUAUAUGUUAAGAUGCAUCUUCUGUGUACUUGAGUCAACAUGCGAAGAAUGACUUUUAUUGCAACGACAUAAUAUUGUUUUACAGUGCGUACAGAAGCUCGAACAUCCGACCAGUGCACGCCACGAUCGCCUCUCAAGAGGCUUUUAUGUGUCUCCCGUAAAAAUGUUGAUGCAAACACUUUGGCGUGCACCGUAAGUAGCAAUGUUCGGCCGUCUCCUCCAUUAUUAAGCUAUUAAUUUAUUAAUAGUAAUAUGUUGCCGAAUAAACAGUCGACUAAAUGGUAAAUCACAUUGUCAGGUGUUCUCGGAAGUGUCGCUCACCGGUCACAACCGACAGGCCAACGAGCCUCUGGCUCAUUAGUAGAGCGUUCGACGCAAUGACCAAAGAUCCUCAGUUCGAAUCCCAGGUGGUCCACGCCUGGAUUGGGUAGGACUGGCUGAUGACGGCCAGUGAGCCAAACAUAGCCAUUGCGGUCUCCCUUGUUUUUGACUGGCUGCAAGGGAUCUAGAUUGAGCCCCAAGGAAAAAUGGGACGAGCGUGUCCUGCAACGUGAAUGGUGAGCGAAACCCCUAGCUCAGUUUCCGUGCGUUUAUGAUGUAAUUUGUGCAUGAGUGAAACUUCAGAUUAUUCAAGUACUUGUUCCAGCGAACGCGUCCUCUUUUCACUCUUUUGCCGGGACGCGCAUUCUCAGUCAGCUUUUAAUUUGGCUAUUUGUAUAUCAUGUCGGAGUGUCGAUAUUGCGAGUUUGAUCCACGUUGAACUUGCCGACGUUUGCGCAUCACCUCCAGUAUCAAAUCACCAGAUUGCAAACGCAGCGAUGACAGCGAUCUCACUUUCACGAAAAAUUCACUUACAUCAGGAUGCGACUUUCGAACGAACAUCUUUCCGGCUGCAUGCAUGAACCGCAGUCUGUAAAAAAUGGCUUAAAUAAAUAAAUACAUAAAUGCUUAAAGUUCACGCCUUUUUCUCACUGAUUUUCAAAGCCCUUAAAAUUCUAGUAUACGUCAUGGAAAACAUAUAUAAAACAAUAAUGUGUUUGCUCAUUCGGUAGGAAAUUACUUCUCCCUUCACUUUUAUACUUGAAGAAAGAGUAUAAAUCGGUUUUCAAUAUCCUCUCCAAUUCCCGAGUAAAUUUGAACCCGGUCUAUCGAUACACUUGCAUUUGGGAUUUCCAAAUUAAAGCCAUAUAUUUCCGCGUACGGAAUACCAUACAUCUCUCUCUACGGUAUUAAGAGGAGACUAUAUGGGUUUCAUGAAAUUUACUAGUGGAUUUGAACUGUUUUGUAAAAUUUACAAGUCACAUAGAUACAUUCGGAAACAUGACGCUUUAUGAGCGGUCAUUUUACAGUAUUAAACAGUCUCACAAUUAGGACAUUUUCGGAUUAUACUCUUCCCUCAAGGGUAGACUUAGAAGAAGGCAUAACGUUAUGCCGAAUGAGCAAAAAAUUGAAUACUUUUAUGCAUGUUUCCGCGAAAUAUAAUUAAUUUCAAGGGUAUCGAAAAUCAAUAGGAAAAAUGCAAAGUGCAUAAGUAGGCAUUUUUUACAGAGUACAGUUUUCGUAUACAAACGGAAAGAAGUCCAUCCAAAAGUCGCAUCCUGAGAUAACUGAAUUAUCAUAGAAUUAUGCUUCAAGAUGAUUAGUUUAAAAACUCUACUUGAUAAAUCAUCUUGCAACAAAAACGUAUUUUGGAAUUCUGGUUGACCUUUCGUGAGCCAACUCACCCACUGUAUGCAUGUGCAUAAGGUGCGUCUCCAAGUGUGGGUCGCAUAGCCGAAGCACGUUGUACAACAGAGAAGGUGGGAGUCUAGUAACAAAAAUAAAAGACAGAAUAAGUUUACUAAAGUUUCGCACUUCUGGUAACUUGUCUUAGAUCGCAAACAGGUUAGCAAAAACCAACGGCUGAUGUUUAGCGGUACGUGUCAGAGGAAACAAUAAGAAGGCAUCACGGUGACUGUGGCGUAUGGGGUGGACAGCAUGCUUAAAAUUAGUAAGCGACUUAAAAGUGCCACUGGCUUCGCGCUUAAACAGUAUAACGAAUCCUUUUUUUAAUCGACGGACACGCAGUAGAUCAAGGCUUGCAUGUUCGCAACGUUCUCGGUACAUCAAAUUUCGUUGUCCGAGGUUAAAACACGUUUGUUAAAAAAGAGUUCGACUGUAUUUUCUCUCGCUCAGCAGCACGCAUGAUGCCGAAUAAAAGGAAACGGUAUUUCCAGCCGGGCGCAUAGAGACCCUUUAGAUUAAAAGAGAUGGAUAUGUUUAAAUAAUCCUCCAGUGGGGCAGUAACGGCAUGGCCUGCGCAACAAAUUGACUGAGGUAAUUACGACAUCUUAGAGCUAGAAGAAAAGCCCAAUUCGGGAAUAAAAACGGGUCUCGGUAUUUCAGACGGCCUUGUGAAAAUUUAUAGGAGGGGAAAAUGUUUCCACGUGACAGUUCGACCACCGGUUUCCAUGAUGUCCACCGUGUCCCUCACAGUUGCAGCAGCAAUGGGAGCAGGGACGGUGACUAACGCAGGGGUUUAUAGUGCCGGAAGACUUGCGUAGCAUCUACCUACACUCUCUCCUCCUCCCUCGCCCGAGCCCGGUGUCAAGAUGACCGGAGACGAGAGAGGCCGCAAGUGGAUGGCUCGGACGGAUCCUCACCUUGGCGUUCCACCCCACCCCCUGGUCCACACAACAAUAACCAGGAUUUCAACCAACACAAGAGAGAUUUGGAAGCUGGCACGGCCGAAGCCGCGCCUAGCCGUGCCGCAAACGCCUGGCUCGGAUCCCACACUGUGAUGGGAGUGGUUUCCACGUGUUAACCCUAACAAAAACCCUUGCCCAAACCACAACCCUUAGCCUAAAAUUUACUCUGACUUUGGUCGUAAACUUUAGUUUAACUCAUAAAUUAACUCUAAUCCUAAUCUGGAACUGCUAUUAAUCUCCGUGAAAAUUAGCACUUGUUCCCCUUAAUAUGGGGUUUCCAAUAACCGUGCAUUGCUAAUUUAAGGAAGCAGAGCCUUAACUGUGUCAACGUUGAAAUGCGGCCCCCAGGUGGUAAUCUGCUAUCGACUGGUAGGUUGAGGCAAAAGUCGGCAAGCCAGGGAGAAGGAGCGCAUAGACGUGAAGAAAGAUAUGCAGAUCUUAGAAAGGGCAACAUACAGAGCCGCAAUUCGUGGAAAAUUUGGAUAUUGUGUGUGUAGGCAAAACCACAUGUCAGCUGACAGUCUCCUUACUCAUUAACCGUUAAAACUCUUCUGACGGCAGCUGUCCAAGUUGCGUGUUUUAUACAACAAUUUUCAAAUCCUAGAACGGCUAGAUCCCUUCAGUAGACCGAAGAAGGAUUAUUUUUAUUCAAAAAAGUAGGUUUCCAGCGAUUAGGAUGGCAUAGGCGGUGGAAGGGGUAGAUCAUUGGCUUAGAUUAAACGAAGUUCCUUAAUAACCUGUCACUCAUGUAGACUGGCUAAAUAGUAAUGAUAAUUAUAUUUAAUGCCGUUUUACAGGCAUUGGCAAGGGAAGAUAAAGAACGGAUCAGUUUAGCAGUAAAGAAACUGCCGAGAAAGUCAAUAUCCGUGAUGGUGUUUUUGGUUCGAUGGCACACUUCAGGGAAAGACGUCUUGCAUGUUGAAUGACGUCAGUUCAGGAAAGAACAGUUAGCACUACGUCGGUUGUUUUCAGCCUCAAUUCCUUUUCAUAAAAUAGGCGCUUAAUCAAAGAGAGUGCAUGAGAGACAGGUUGCUCGCUGUCUGCUGAAAAAAUUAACAAUAAUGUUGCUGGCUGCAGAGUCGGCACCCUUUCCCAGGGAAUGAGAUGGGCAAAGGGAUUAAAGACAACGAAUUUCAUCACUACUGAUGAUUACUACAGUGGACUCAGCACCCAAAAUGUGGAGGUAUUUCUAAAUGUAAAUGUAAAUAGCGAGCUGUUUCACGACUCGUCAGGCUUAAAUGCAUAUCCAUGGGGAGAGCGGUGCACAUAUCAAGUUGCGUUCUUUAAAGAAAUAACAGGGCGUUAGAGAGGGAGUACGCACGACUGAAAGCAUCAACGGAAAAUACAAGACAACGUGUGUCCCACGGCUGACAAAAUAUUAACAAUGCAAGAAGAGAAACAUGGCGAACCUGACAUCGUUUACUAAAGAGUCCGAUUUUGGCGAUACACUAGCUUGCACUACUGAUAUAUUGAAGGCCAAAGCAAGAUCGGCAAGUUUUCACCAACAGCUAACUCAUCUUUUGAAGUUGCCAAGACAAACAUGAUUGACGUUACUGAGAUGCACCUUAUGAGUCCUGAUGCUAGUGCACAACUGAUUUUGACCAGUGACGCUUCCAGCGGUGUUCUCGAGGCAGUCAUGAUCAAAUAGUUCAAUAACCAAAUGCGACCAAUGACUUAUUUUCCACAGGAGCUAAAUCCGUCUCAGCCUCAUAUGAUGCUUUUUCCAAAAGCCUAUUCCCCCUUAACUGGUUAUUCGUCAGUUUGGUCAUCUUUUAGAGGGCAAGGACGUUUGAGUGCACUCCGACCAAACACCUCCUAAUUCCCCCAUUUCAUGUGUACACACAAAAACUGACAGCUAUUAACAGUUUGGCUUGGCGGCCAAUGACCUUUCCUAUUUCGGCCACUUUAAUAUGUAACUUUUUCACACUUUCAGCAUCAUAUGAUUUACACUUUUGGUGUUAAAACCAUCAUAACCACUGACUGCGGACGUCAAUUUCUAUUCACCUACAGUGCGUGACCUAUCUCAUGAAAUGUUUGCUGAAAUUCUGAAAUGCGUUUUCGAUUAGGAAGGAUUACUUGGUCGCGGUUGUGAUACUGAUUAUCUUAAGGCAUACUCUUAUAACAUUUUGGACUCGGCAGGAUUUCGGCUUUUAAAUGCAUUUCUUGUCAAUCUUCUGUAGAAGGCGUGCUCGGUAAAAAAUGACUACUUAAGUAGCAUGCAUUUUUCCCAUUGAUUUUCGAUGGUCUUGGAAAUUCAAGUAUAUUUUAUAGAAACCACAAACAAAAAUAUGCUUCUUUUAGUCAAUCAAUAGAAAAUUACGUCUUCUUUAUAUAUUAUACUUAAGAUAGUAGUAUAAUUAGGUUUUAAAAAAGUUCCUUAUUAUGAGACUUUUUGAGACCACGAUACGUCCAUUCACAUAGCAUCGUACCUGGCCGUUUACCACUGCUCCUCAUGAAAUGUACAUUAUAGUCCGCAUCCAUUGCAAAAUUUUAUGAACUCUGUAUGAUAUCUCUUUAAUGACAUAGAAAAAUAUGAGAUGUUCUUUACGCGGAGCGCAUGCACCUUGUAGAGUGUAAUCACUAAGCGCUAAUGCAACUAAUGAUCAGCCUCCAAAUAUUUCAGCAAUUAGAAAACUUUUUAAAACCUAAUUAUACUAUGUCCUUAAGUAUAAAAUAUAAAGAAGACGUAAUUUUCUAUUGAUUGACUAAAAGAAGCAUAUUUUUGUUUGUGGUUUCUAUAAAAUAUACUUGAAUUUCCAAGACCACCGAAAAUCAAUGGGAAAAAUGCAUGCUACUUAAGUAGUCAUUUUUUACCGAGCACGCCUUCUACAGAAGAUUGACAAGAAAUGCAUUUAAAAGCCGAAAUCCUGCCGAGUCCAAAAUGUUAUAAGAGUAUGCCUUAAGAUAAUCAGUAUCACAACCGCGACCACGCAAUCCUUCCUAAUCGAAAACGCAUUUCAGAAUAUCAGCCAACAUUUCAUGAGAUAGGUCACGCAAUGUACAUCCCAGCUUUUAGCAGACGGUCCAUAUGCCCUCACACAUAAACCACGAAAUAUUACCCUGUCCCACUCCCUCCUAAGAAUUCCUAAAAGGCCUGCAGAGCCGUUCAAAACAGUGCUAAUUUUCUCUCGCAGGUUUGCCUUCCUGAAGCGACCACUGAUAUCUUCAGCCAUUGGACAUCCAAUCUUUCGUUAAGAAGAGCAUUUAAUACACGGAAUUGGCAUGCCGUACGCCCCUGUACACCGUCGGUGAAUUUAUGAAUUGCUUUAUUCCAUGGACGACAGAAUAUCGAAGACUUUUGUUCAGAAACUGAAUCAUUUCGUGGAAUAGAACUUUUAACUCUCCCGAUUCCACCUACGACAGAGAGACCGGUAAGAUCCUAUUUUACAGCCAGAGGGGUUAGGUAGGGUUUGGCACGGGUCUAAGGGUUAGGGCUGGAGGUUUUGGGUUAGGGUUUAGGGGUCAAGGUUAUAGGUUCGGGUUGGGGGUUGGAGUUUCGGUAAGGGGUCAGGCGCUAGCUUUACCGAUUAGGGUUAGAGUUAGGGUUAGGAUUCGGCGUAGGGUAAAAAGCGGUAGGGAAUAAAGUCUAACCAGACCACCCCGGAACCUGAUACCUUGAUAGGAACGUCGAAUUUGGUCAUUUUGUUUUGCCACUUAAGAAAUCCACAGCGGUCAUUAAACGAUUAUCGCACCAUGUCCAACCAUGUGCGAUGAAUAUUAGGCUGCCAAUAAUGAUGCGUAUACAAUGUCAUUGCAGCCGCAUUCUAUUAUUUCUGCAGCAGUCUUGCGAAAAAUAACCUGCCUGGUUAACUUCCUGUUGAUGUCUAAAAACCAUAAAUAUUCUUUUUUGCGCAUCAUAGUGACCGCUGCACAAACUGUGAGUAAACUUGUCUCGUCUGCCUAGAACCCAAAUAGCAAACAAUUCCUUUGCUCCCAGGUUUCGACUUCUUUAUGCUAAGAACAUAUGAAACAUUAUUGUCUAAGUCAGCGGCCAAUUUUCCUUAUUUGCUAUUGUAUAUAUCUUAAAACGUAGAGUGAUCGCAGCACUUGUAUGCCUUGCACAUAAAGAGGAAAAUCUUUUGUGAAGUUUUUCUGUGUGUUAUGGGUGUAUUUGUAAUAAAGAGGAUUUAUUUGAGAUCAUAAGCAGGCUUGUUAAAGUAGGCAGAUAUAAAUUAUUAGGAAAUAUAGUUAGUCUUCUGGUUGUAAACAUUUCCAGUUUUUCAUCUACUUUCGCUCUCAUUGACCCCUCCGCCAGUAUUUCGGGUGCUGCCCGAACUUGUUAACUUUGUAAUUACGUCUCUGCAGAUUGAUUUAGGCAAUUAAAUGACAGUCCAUAACACUGUUUUGGAAUGUUUACUUCGGUAAGCAAAUCAUCGUUGAUAGUCAGCAGGUUUGCCGGCGAUUUUCGAUAUUAAGACAAUCCCGAUUGAGAUUGCCGAGAUUAAAAUGCUGUGCAGACCUGCUCUGCUUCUCGAGGAAACUUUUAUUGCAUUAAACAUAUUGCGUGCAGCAAUAUAUAGUGCUGAAAUGAAAAGGGGUCAUGCUUCUUUACAGGAAAUUCGCUUCAUUCAGGUGAGGCCAUCAUCUUCUUCUUCUGGUCCUCCAAAUCACUAUAUCUUACCCGUCCUCCCUCAUAUUCUCCUCCAUCUCCUUCUUUGCUUCCCUUUAUUCUUCCUCACCCUCCUCCUCCUCCUUCGCGUUUCCCUCAUUCCCUCCUCCCCUUCUUCUGCUACUUCUACUUACAUUACCACUACUUCUACUAUUCCUUUACCUCCCUCAAUUAUCAGCUCUUCCUCGUUAUCCUACUUCCGACAUUACCAGCCGUCUCCUGAGCUUACGUCUUUCAAUUCCUUAAGUUACAACGAUGCCGUUAUCCUUUUCGUCAUCAGCCUUCCCCUUGUUCACGUUCUACAUCUUUUUUCUUCUCCCCUCCACCCCCACAGACAUCUCUACCUACUAUACCACCCCCCUGUAUUUUCUUUGUCUCCUCGCCCUCAUCAUCCUGGAAGAUUUCUCUAAUUCACGCAAUUCCCUUUCUCUUCUCCUCCCUAUCCCUUCCUCCAAGCUCUUUCUUCUUCACUUCUCCUUCCUCUCCAGCCUCCUCCUUUUCUUCCUAAUUUAAUUAAUGUUACUAUUCGUCAUGAUUUCCUGCCUUCUUAUCCUGAUCUGUCUCUACUUUGUUUAACCUCUUCUCCCAUCUGUUCCGCUUAGACUUACUCAGCCUCAUUCAAUUCGUAUCAUUACCUGCUUGCUCCUCCUACUUCUCCAUCUACCCCUCCUCACUCUCCCCCUCCUCUCCCUCCUCCUCCUGCUCCUCUGCCAUCCCCGCCGCCGUCAUUAUCAUCCUAUUCUCCUCUUCUCCUUCACGUCAUUUCCUGUGCCAUCCUGCCUUUUCCACACACUUAAUCCUCCUCUCCCCUGUUUUCUAUCACCUGUUGCCCCUCGACCUAGUCUAG